AUGGUAUCUCUCGUCCAGUACUUCGACGGCUCGAAUGUGGAUGUGAGGUUUUCGAGCAUGUUCCUGGAGUUCAAAGAGUUCUGCAAGGCCAUUGGCGAACAGACCUACCUGCAGAAAUUUUCGCCUGAUACUGUGGGCUGUGGACAGUCCAUGCUGGAUGUGCCAGAUGGUCAUUGGAACCGGGGAACAGUCACGACGAACCUCAUGCGUUUCAUCGAAAGCUGGUGUGACAAGAACAAUAUUCUCGGGUCCGAGGAUGAGAACUUUCAGCUCAUUGUCGCUGUGCUCGCCUAA